GGUGAAAAAAUGUGACUGUACCUAGUGCGAUUAGUAUUUAGACAUAAUCCGAUACGGAAGUGGUUUUGCAGUGGGUGUGAAUUGAAGCGCAGAACAGGGUGCGCAGUGUCGUUACGUUCGCACCCUUAUAAAGGGAUGUUAGAGUGUAACCAUUCACAAGCUUUCCGACGAGCACGUUACGCGCAGUCCGAGUGUCACGGCGACAGCGCUAAAGUUCCGAUACUUUGUGAAGUGCACAGUGACAACACAAUAUGAAAGGGUUCCUAUGCUUCGUACUCACCGUUCUGUUAAGCGACGGCAUCAACUGCCUGCUUCUACCGGGCAAGGACUACGGGCGGCUCAAGAGCUCCGCUUCUUCAUUUUCUCACUCAUUCACCAGGGCGCGACGCCUGCCGAUACCCACUCAUCGCGUCAUAGACCCCAUAGAAGAUUGUUUUCUGGUGACUUCUGAGGAAGGGGAGUUGUUCUUCAAGUCAGCUUCUGACGAGCCGUCAGUGUGCGGCAUAUACAUGAUAGCCGACCCGGAUAAGAGGAUCCAGGUCACCUUCAACUACGUCGACGUGCCGUGUGAAAACGGUGGCCUCGUGGCGUGGGUUGACGGAUGGGAGCUGAACGGCCAAGUGUGGCCUGCAGACGCGUGGGAUGACGACCGAGUCGUGGAGUCAUGUGACCGGCGGCCGCAGCGGAAGCUGGUGUCGCACCAGAACGCGGCGCUCAUACAGUACCGUGUCCCUGCGCAAGGGAAAGGGUUCGCUGUCACCAUCAGACAUUUUAGGAACGCCAGACCGUGCAACGUGAUGCUGUUCGGUUCGGAGGGCGUGUACACGCUGCGCAACCACGGGGAGAGUGGCAACUGUUCGGUGAUAGCCGUCUCCCCAGCCAUAGUACGUGUGCUGGACCUCAACGUGGGCCAGUCCCUCAAGCGGGACAUCCUCGAUAUGGAGACUGGGACUAUACACCGCUGCACGAAGCGCGGUCUUCAGGACUACGUCGAAAUAGGUGGCGCUAGUGGUCUCGACCACACCAAAAUGGAGGUGCUUGAUAGCAUUUGUGGCUUGGAUUCUAAAGAAGGUCGACGUCCAGCUUACAUUGCCUGCGAAGAUACGGUAGUGAGAUUGGUGUCCACCGGGCAAUACCACAACUCCGUGACUUUAGCCUUUUCGCCUCUGCCCAUGGAAGACAUAGAACACUCGGACCUUAUCUGUGGACUCAACAGCCUGUAAGACCCAGCACUCACGCGGCCGUAGAAAUAACUAUGAAAUAA